AUGAAUAGUGACAUGGAAAUCACGUCGCAAACUACUACACAUACACCAUUCACCUUUUCUGUUAUAGUAGACAGGGGACAAAAAAGAAUGUUGCGAUAUGCACGAAGAGAGAUUCCAAGGAAAGAAGGUCUUGAAUUGUUGAGGUGGAUGGCUUUCAAAAAUAACAAAGUUCAUUCAAGUUAUGAGGACGUUUUAAACAGGGCUGUUGCUUAUGCUUCUGGCUUUCCAUUAGUUUUAGAAAUAGUGGGUUCCAAUUUGUUUGGAAAGUGCAUAGAAGAAUGGAAGUGUACAUUAGAUGGGUAUGAAAAGAUUCCCAAUAAAGAGAUCCAAAAGAUACUUAAAGUAAGCUUUGAUGCUUUGGAGGAAGAGGAACAAAGUGUGUUCCUAGAUAUUGCUUGUUGCUUUAAAGGUUGUAGUUUGACAGAGGUUGAAGAGAUACUUCGUGCUCAGUAUGGUGGCUCCAUGACACAUAGAAUUCAAGUGUUGGCCGAAAAAUCUCUCAUUAAGAUUGGUCAUUUCGAGCAGAGUUGUAUUUGUAUUCUGACAUUACAUGACUUGAUAGCGGACAUGGGUAAAGAAAUUGUCCGACAAAAAUCACCCAAAAAACCUGAAAAACGCAGUAGGUUGUGGUUCCGAGAAGAUAUAAUUCAAGUGUUAGAAAAUAAUACGGAAAAUAGUGAUAUUGAAAUCAUAUCUCUGGAUUACGGCUCAUCUGAAGCAGCAAUAGAUUGGAACAGAAUGGCUUUCGGGAAGAUGAAAAGGCUCACAACACUUAUUAUUAAAAGUGGUAAUUUUUUCAAAGGCUCUAUAGAUUUUCCACGUAAUUUGAGAGUAUUAAAAUGGCAAAAAUAUCACUCACAGUGUAUUCCAUACUGUUUUCUCAACAAGGUAAGUGAAAUAAACUUAUUUUUCAAUCAUGUAUAAUUUAGAAAUUCACUAUGAGAUUAUUCAUUUAAUUUUAUCUUAAGUUAUUCUAGGACUCUAAAGGAUCCAUAAUCCUUCACAAUUUACCUUGCUACAACUCCUUGUUUCUUACUCCUUCAUGUCACAAGAUUACCCAAACAUAGGUACAAUAUGUCAAUAUCUAGAGGUUAAUCUUCUAUAUGUGAUUGAACUUGCCCAAUCAACAUCGGUGAAGAUAGACACAUUUCUUUCACUAUUCUUCUUUAAAAAUAAGCCUUUUUUAGGAUUUCCCUGAAAAUAUCUCAGUAUCGUAUAAACUGCCUCAAGAUGUUCCUCGAAAGGAGAAUGCAUAAACUGACUUACUACACUAAGUGAGAAAGCAAUACCAUGCCGGGUGUGUGACAAAUAAAUCAGUUUUUCAACAAGUCUCUGAUAUCUUCCAGUAUCAACAAGAACAUUACCUUCUCCCUAAAGUUUAGCAUUAGGAUCCAUAGGGGUAUCGGCAGGACGACAUCCACUCAUUCUUGUUUCUUUCAAUAAGUCUAUAAUGUAUUUCUGCUGUGAAACCUCGAUAUCAUUCUUUGACCAAGCAACCUCUAUACCAAGAAAAUAUCUCAUGACUCCCAAGUCCUUGAUUUCAAAGUCUACUGUCAAUUUCUCUUUUACUCUUGCCAUCUCCACUAUACCGUCUCGAGUAAGGACAAUAUCAUCGACAGAAGCAAUCAGGGCAACAACUUUUCCAUCGUGGGAGAACUUUGUGAACAAGGUGUGGUCAGUUCGUUCUACUUACUAGUAGGAUUAAAUUAAAAAUGAAAGCUGAGAUUGUGAUGUGAGAGUAGACAUUGAAAUAUUAAAGUUAUGCUUGGAUAAUAAUAAAAAAUGAAAGCUGAGAUUGUGAUGUGAGAGUAGACUUUAAAGAAGGUCCACAUGCUAUUCUUCACUUCAGUAACAUCUCUUUCAGCAAGGUCCACACGGCUGUAGCUUGUUUUUCAGGGGCACUGACACUCGCUAUGGUUUUACUGGAAAUCUCUAUAAGGCUCUUACCGACAAAGGAAUCAACACCUUCAUUGAUGACAAUGAUCUUCAAAGAGGAGAUGAAAUCACACCAUCACUCAUAAAGGCUAU